GCUGCCCACAGUAAAGAUGGCGCCGUCGGCAGUACUAUCCCCCGAGCUGGGCCCGCUGUCGGUAGCUAGGGCAUGGGGCGAGGGAGCGUAGCCUGCGGAGACAGUGCCUAUGCUCGGCCGGGGCCCGGCCUCGGUCUAUCUUCGCUCCGCCUGGAGGGCCCGGUCCAGAUCCCGGCUGCCCGGAACCGGCUUCCUCCGCCCGUCGCCGUCUCCAUGGUGAUAAACUUCUCCAACCAACCAUUAACUACUUCCGCCUACGUCUGUCCCGACACGUGGAUCCAAGAUGGCGGCAUCGGGGGCCACGGAAAGGCCGAUGUGUUUGCUGAUGCUGCUUGCACUCUUUCGUGAAACAAGCUCCUUCUAUGUACCAGGUGUAGCUCCGAUCAACUUCCACCAGAAGGAUCCUGUAGAAAUCAAGGCUGUGAAGCUCACCAGUUCACGAACCCAGCUGCCAUAUGAGUACUAUUCAUUGCCUUUCUGCCAACCCAACAAGAUAACGUACAAGGCUGAGAAUCUGGGUGAGGUUCUGCGGGGGGACCGGAUAGUAAACACGCCAUUCCAGGUCUUCAUGAACAUAGAGAAGAAAUGCGAGGUUCUGUGCAACUUUCCUAACAAGCCAGUCACUCUGACAGUGGAACAGAGCAAGCUGAUUGCAGAGCGUAUCCGGGAGGAUUACUAUAUCCAUCUUAUUGCUGAUAACUUGCCUGUGGCCACACGGCUGGAGUUCUAUUCGAAUCAUGAGGACGAGGAGAAGAAGGAAAAAGACGUGCAGUUUGAGCAUGGAUACAGGCUUGGUUUUAUGGACAGUAAUAAGUUCUACCUGCACAACCACCUCUCCUUCAUCCUUUACUACCACAGAGAGGAGGUGGAGGAGAAUCAGGAGCCCACCUAUAGGGUUGUGCGGUUUGAAGUGAUUCCCCAGAGCAUUAAACUUGAAGAUCUGAAGGCAGAUGAGAAGGGCACUUGUAUACUACCUGAAGCUGCAGGUUCAGCCCCUCAGGAGGUAGAUCCCACUAAGAAGAACCAGCUGCUCUUCACCUACUCUGUCCACUGGGAGGAGAGUGACAUUAAAUGGGCUUCUCGCUGGGACACCUACCUGACCAUGAGUGAUGUGCAGAUCCACUGGUUUUCCAUCAUUAAUUCAGUCGUGGUUGUCUUUUUCCUUUCAGGUAUUCUCAGCAUGAUCAUUAUCCGCACUCUCAGGAAGGACAUUGCCAACUACAACAAGGAAGAUGACAUUGAAGAUACAAUGGAGGAAUCUGGUUGGAAACUUGUGCAUGGAGAUGUCUUCAGGCCUCCACAAUAUCCCAUGAUUCUUAGCUCACUACUGGGCUCUGGAAUUCAACUCUUUUGCAUGAUCCUGAUAGUUAUCUUUGUUGCCAUGCUGGGGAUGUUGUCGCCUUCUAGCCGGGGCGCCCUGAUGACUACAGCCUGCUUUCUCUUCAUGUUCAUGGGGGUUUUUGGUGGGUUCUCCGCGGGCCGUCUUUAUCGGACGCUGAAAGGCCACAGAUGGAAGAAAGGGGCCUUCUGUACGGCAACCCUGUACCCUGGUGUAGUCUUCGGUAUCUGCUUUGUCCUGAACUGUUUCAUAUGGGGGAAGCACUCCUCUGGAGCGGUUCCUUUCCCCACCAUGCUGGCCCUGCUCUGCAUGUGGUUCGGUAUCUCCUUGCCCUUGGUCUACCUGGGAUACUACUUUGGAUUUCGCAAACAGCCAUAUGAUAAUCCUGUGCGGACCAAUCAGAUUCCAAGGCAGAUCCCGGAGCAGAGGUGGUACAUGAACAGAUUUGUUGGGAUUCUUAUGGCUGGCAUUCUCCCUUUUGGAGCCAUGUUCAUUGAACUGUUCUUCAUCUUCAGUGCGAUCUGGGAGAACCAGUUCUAUUACCUCUUUGGCUUUCUCUUCCUGGUUUUUAUAAUCCUGGUGGUAUCCUGCUCCCAAAUCAGCAUUGUCAUGGUAUAUUUUCAGCUCUGUGCUGAGGAUUAUCGCUGGUGGUGGAGGACCUUCUUGGUGUCUGGAGGAUCUGCCUUCUAUGUACUGAUUUAUGCCAUCUUUUACUUCGUGAAUAAGCUGGAUAUCGUUGAGUUCAUUCCCUCCUUACUCUAUUUUGGCUACACUGCUCUCAUGGUCCUGUCUUUCUGGCUCCUCACUGGCACCAUUGGCUUCUACGCAGCCUACAUGUUUGUCCGUAAGAUCUAUGCUGCGGUGAAAAUAGACUGAAGAUGCACAGACUCAGCACAAAGCAGACACCUCUGUGUGCAUUUCCUCCUGGAAAGGAAGAGGAGAUCCUUUCCCAGUUCUUUUAAGGAAACAAAACCCAAUGGGGGAGUGACAAGAGAAAUAAAUAACUCCUACUCAUUUUGGAAUGUAACUUUUGGCACAGCGUACAUGGAUUCUGGGGCUACUUCUGGGGGGAGGGGUGUGUAGAUACCUUGCAUUUUAACUUUAUUAUUUUAUUCCAGUUUUGAGGGAUUUUUAGCAGAAAAAUACCCCUCUAUGUAAGUAAGCCCCUUUUUUUUUUUUGCUCAUUCAUUCUUUUGUUUGUUGAAUAACGAAUGGAUUUGAGACAGCAAUGGAAACGUUUGUGAAACUUUUUUUUUUCAGCCCUUAUGGCACUUGGGUUCAGGGAGAGUCUUCAGACCAAUAACACACAGGGUUUGUCUCCUGCUUUGGUUCUGCUUGGAAGAGGUGGAGGGUGCUUCAGUCCAUGGUGAGCUAGAAGGACCUCAAAGGCUUCCCCUACAUGAAUGCGUCUGGCAUGCUUUGACUACAGUAAUUUUAGUUCCAACUGGUUUACAGUUCCAUGGAGGUGCCAUUCAGAAUCCGGCAAGUGCAAUUUCACUCUGAGAGGGCUUGAGAACCGUAACCCUCUGCAUCAUUUCUUCCUCCCCCUACUUUUGGACAGCAUACAACAUCCCAGAUGCAUAAACUGGAGGAGCUCAGAGGAGGUCAGGAGUGCUUCUCUUCUGAAAGACCUGAGUCGCCUUUCCUGGCAGCAUGAAGAAGAACAUGGAGUUGUACCAGAGCAGCGUAAAUACUUGUUGAUUCUAGAGCACAAGGCCCUGUACCCUGGAGAACAUUUGAGAUUGCCACGUGGUUUUGUUCCAUUAAUUUCUUUGGCCAUCUGUGGAAAUGGGACAGCCCUACUAAUUAAGAGAGGCCUCUAAGGUUAGAUAAACCCUAUGUAGAGAAACUCGUUACUGUGUUGCUUUAGUGCCAAGAAAUCUCUGCUUCAUUUUGGGGACAUGUCUACUACAAAGUGCAUAGUGGCCAGGGGGAGAUGGAGUGAGUGGUUCCUGAGGAUUUCCUCCCACUUCUAUUUCUUAAAGGGGAGGUGUGCAUCCCAUCUACUCUGUCUCUUGGCUGGUCCCGCUCUCCAUUCCUGUCUCCUGUUCUCAGACACUGCCUCCAGGGAGCAGGGAAGAUUCACACCUUGGUAACCUGUAUUCCACUCUUCGCUACCAAAUGUGAUGAGCCCUCGGGAAUAGCCCAGGAGUGCUAUCCUAUAGGGGGUUCCUCCUUUCCCAUAUCUGCAUGCCUGGCUCUGGCCAUGGGAGGCGCUUUUAAAAAUACAUUUGAAUUUUUAUUUGACUCAUUUAAAACAAAACUAUCGGCCGCUGGCAAAUCUAGGCCCAAAUUGCAGUGAAGCCUUCCUCCAUCCCCAGAUCUAUGGGGUGACAUUAGUCAGAGUUAUAAGAAUUCUUUUUAUUUCUUCAACAGGACGGGAAAAAAAAUCUCCAAAUAUUCUGCUCUGUCACAGGUGACAGUGAUACGAUUUAGACAGAAUAGAUGCGACUCCAAACAAAAACUCUCUGUUGCUAACAGGGAGUCGCACAUAUUUGAGGCUUUCUAUACCGUGGGUAUCACCUUAACAGUCGGCACUGGGGCUGUGUAAAUGGUUCUGACUUUUAAUGGUGACCUUUUGCUUCCCCAAGCAGGAAGAAUGGAGAACUAGAAUCCCAAACCAUUCAACUUCUUCUCUGCAUUGCUUCUCACCUAAUAAUCUUCAGUUACCCAGCCCGGAAUCAAGGAUGGAAAGGGGGGCAUGGGAUACACUAGUUAACUGUUGUGUGGGAUCCUUAGUAAUCUCUAAUUUGAAAUAUCUCUCUCUCUCAGAUUCUGGUUGAUUUCCUAGUGGAGAGUUUCAGCCUGCAUUAAUUUCUCUCCCUCCCUCCAUACUGUUUUUUCUGUAUUCUACUUUGUAUUUUGAAUUAAUGUAUGUAUUCUGUGUCCUAUUGUAAAUAAAUAUUCCAUCGUCCUGUU